AUGUCGGAGGCCGGCUCGGAGCACGCGGCGCCAACGCCUGUUUCGACGCGGACCGACGUGGAGUCGGCGGAAGGAAAAUCGACAAAUUCGACAAAAUGGAAGUUGCGGAGUCCGGUGUUGGGCGCGCUCAUCUUCCUGAUAAUACUAGUGCUCGGACUGCUCGUCGCCGUCAUUCUGAUGGCCACUCUCGGGCCGACGCCCCCGCAGACCAAACCGCGGCCCGAAGCGCUCCGAAUGAACCGAUCGACGGCAGUGCCGGCCGACGCAUCCACGAGUGGAACAACCCGAAAAGUGGCGGAAACCACGACGACAACUGAAAAAAGAAGCACGGAGACUACGAGAACGGAGCGGAAAAGUACGGAGGCGCCGCGGAGGAAUGUCUGCGAAUCACCCGAAUGUCUCACUCUCGCACAUCAACUGGUCAGCUCGCUUUUUUUCAGAUUUUAAAGCAAAAAACAAGCACAACUGGGCUGAUAAGCGGGUGAAUCCGUGCGAAAAUUAAAAAAUUUGUAACCAUACUAGGCUGCUCUGGGAACUCGAUUGCAAUCUAAUUAGAAGAGUUUGCUAUCUAAUAAGAAAAAGCUCUAUUUUGCAAUCUAAUCAGAUUUAAUUGAAGUUCCAGUAAAAUCGUAUUAGAUUACAAUAUACUUCUCCUGAAUUGCAAUCUAAUUCGAAAAAAUUGCAAUUUAAUUAGAAAAAUUGCAGUGAUUGCAAUCUAAUUAGAAGAUUUUGAAACGCUUUGCUCGUCAAGUGUAGUGGACAAAUUGAAGAUUGAUUUCUCAGUAAAAUCAAAUUUUUCGGGCGGUUUUUGGUGGAGAACACGGAAAAAAAACAGAAGACUUCAACAAAACGUCUUUGAAAUGUAUUGAAAGUCAACAAUUGCAAUUGCAGCACAAUUGGGGCGAUAAAACGGCGGAUCCGUGCGAUAAUUUCUACAAAUACACGUGCGGACGCUUUUCGGAACACACCGAUUCGACCGGAUACUCGCAGGAGAAAUCGAAUAUUGUCAGGGAUUUGGUCAGAAGUAAACAAUUACUUUUUUUUCAAUUUGUUCAAUGCACUACUCUGAAAUUUGCAGAAUUUAUCGUGAGAAGACGGUAUGCCAACUCGACAUCGAGAUCCGAAAUACUGAUGGGAUUGCUGUACGAGAAGUGUGAGGAACACAGAAAUAAUGAUGUAUAAUAUUCGAUUUUCGAGCCAAUUACAACAUUGACUUCAUUUAAGAGCCACCGCGAACAGGUCAAAACGUCGGCGAUUGAACUUUUGGAAAAUAUUCGAAAAAUCGGAAAAUGGCCCAUGAUCGAGCCGAAUUGGACAGAUUCCAUGUUCGAUUUGAACGGUUUUUAAAUUACCUUUUUUUCUAAUCCAUUAAAAUCCUCUUUCCAGACAUGCUCUCCAAUAUGGCCGAAUUUCACAUGCGAGAACUCGGCCUUUUCCAGUUUAUUCCCUCGGAUUCGAAACAUUUGGAAAUUAGCAGCGAUGAAUCGUUGAUGGCGGAGACUCUAGACAAUAAUGACACGUUUUUGGUGAGCCCAGACCCACCGCCCCCCGUAAAAUUGCUAAAAUUUCAGCUAAUCAACCUAAUUUUGCGGAUGAAUGAAGUGAAAUUCAACAAAAGUGUUGUCCAUGCCGAUAUUCUAGAUGCUAGAAAGUUUCACGAUAAAUUCGCAGCAGUACGUGAAUUGGACAUUUUUUUGAAGACUAAUUUCCUUUGUUGCAGACCCUAGAAAACGAUGCAUCUGACUCUGUUCGGAAAGACUUUUCCGAGCUGAAAGCGCUGAAUCUGAGCGUCGAUUUCGAGCGAAUCGCCCAGAAAUUGGUGCAUCCGAAGCGGGGAAAUUGGACGGAAUUGAGGAACCGAUUGCGAUUUCACAACGAGUCCAUUUUCACAAGUGACUCGAAUAAUGUGAGCGUUUUUUUUUAAAUUUAUUUUUCCAAGCACAAAACGAAAACUUGAGCAAUUUUUUGCAGCUCAACCACGUGAUCAACCAGACGUCUCCGAGAGUGUUGGCCAAUUUUCUGAUCCUCCGGCUAAUCGAUAAGAGCGUUUCUUCAAUGCGUAUUGUCAAGAAUGAUGAAAGCGAGGCGGACUGUGCGAAGGUUAGUGUUUAUCAACAUUUUCAGUGCCAAAACGAAAUAUUUCCAGCGGGCGAUGCACUUGCUGCCACGUGCCGCACUCCGAAUAUUCGUGCAGAACCACUUUAAGCGAGGGAACCGAGAGAAAGUGCGCAAAGUGGUGGACUCGAUCCGCAGUGCCUACUCGCGAAUGUUCAAUGCGUCGACGUGGCUCGACGAGACGACGAAAGAGACGGCGGUCCGGAAGUUGGACAAUAUGGAGACGGUCGUCGGGUAUCCGGACGAGUUCGAGGCCAACGGCACGCUCGACAGACUCUUUGAAACGGUACGGCGCACACUUUCAAACAUACACUCAAACUCGUUUCCCUUCUCUCAGAUCGAUUUCAAUGCAAACGACACGUUCUACGGUUUGGUGCAAAAGGUGGAACGGUUCAGAACCGAACAGGCGAUGGACUUUUUGACGUCGGACGAUCAGUUCCUCCCGCCGGAUAUGAAUUUGUUGUCGGCGAAUGCGCUCUACAACGAUGGCGGGAACUUUUUCGGUAAAAACAGUUUGAAGACUUUUCCCAGUGACCGAACUUAUUUUCUCUUUCAGCAAUCUUCGUACCCUACAUGGACGAACCGUAUUUCGAUCCGUCGUACCCCGAGUACGUCUCUUUUGCUUCUCCGGGAGGCGCGAUUGCUCACGAAUUGGGCCACGCUUUUGAUGAGCAGGGAAGACUAUUCGAUGAGAAUGAAGUGAUGAGGGACUGGUGGACCAAGGAAAGUACGGCCCGGUACAAUCGGACAGCACAGUGUCUCGUGGAACAGUACAACGAGUACGAUGACCCGGAUUACGGCAGAAAGGUACGUCAGUCGAACCGCACACCACAUCGAUCCAUUGAGUCACUUUCAGCUCAAGGGCAAAAAAAAACUGAAUGAAAUGAUUGCGGACCAUUUGUCAAUGGAAGCCACGUGGCGGGCAUUCAAAACACAACGCGAUUUCAGCGGCGAAGCGAGUCUGGUCGGAUUCGAGGCCGUUCCGCUCGACCAGAUGUUCUUCCGACUCAUGGCUCUGGUAGGCUCCACCACCGUAUCACCGGUUAGUUGUGUAAUUUUCAGCAAGAGUGUAAGGCGCCGAAUCGAAAGCCACUGAAAAUCGAGCACCGAGUGGAUCAUCCGACGGCGAGUUUCCGCGUGAACGGCGUCGUUUCGAACACGAAAUCGUUUGCGGAGACGUUCCGAUGCCCGCUCGGAUCGCCGAUGAACCCGGACAAAAAGUGCUCGUUCUUUGGAACGUGA